UUCUGUUUGCACACAGAGGGAGCUAUGGAGAUCCCUUGGGUGACGCGGUUCCCGCUCCUACUGGUGGUGUCCUGGUGGUUUGGGGGCUUGCACCCCGCUGCAGAGGCAGAGAAUGUUCUGUGCUACGCAACAUUUGAUCGGACCACAGGAACCUGCAAUGACCUGCUGGGUGAUGGAGCAACAGCAGAGGAAUGCUGUCUAAAUCAUCAGUAUGGUUUCCGGCUGAACACAGAUGCGCCGUGCCAGUCCUGCGGUGCAGCUUCAUGGAGUGAAUGGACCCCAUGGAGUCCCUGCUCUGUUUCUUGCACGGAAGGGGUCCAGCAGCGCAAACGGAUCUGCCACGGCUGGUCCAGUGGCAGCUGUGAGGAGCACGCAAAGGAAUGGCAGAUGCAGCCCUGCUCUCAGAAGGGCUGUUGUCCUGUUCAGGGAGGCUGGUCUGAAUGGGGAGCCUGGUCUCCUUGCUCAGUGACCUGCCUCAAAGGGGUACAGACGAGGAAGAGAACCUGCACCAAUCCAGCACCGAGCUGCGGGGGGAGCUGCAACGGACCCAGCACAGAAACACAGCCGUGUGACACGCGUCAGAUUUGCCCAACCCAUGGAAACUGGGGGAACUGGGGGAACUGGGGGCCCUGCUCUGCAACCUGCACCCCUGAAAGUGGCAGCCAGAAGCCCCGCCAGCAGCGGCAGCGCCAGUGCAACAACCCACAGCCUUCUGUUUCCCCUCGGGGCAACCCAUGCCCAGGGUCUGACCGGGAGUACCAGAACUGUGCAGGACUGCCCUUCUGCCCAAGUGAUGGCAGCUGGGGUAGCUGGAGAUCUGUUAGCCCCUGCUCAGUGAGCUGCGGGGUUGGCCGGGUGACGGAGAACCGUCUGUGCGACAACCCUGCACCUCGGCAUGGAGGGAAGAGCUGCCCGGGGUCAAACACCCGCAUGUCCAUCUGCAAGACUGACAAGCCCUGCCCAGUGGAUGGACAGUGGACUGAGUGGAGCACUUGGAACAGCUGUGUCCGGCAUGGCACAAACAUCAAGCUCAACUGCGAAGAGAUCUCUGGGCUUCAGUCGAGGACCAGGACGUGUGCUGGGCGGAAACAUGAUGGCAAGCGCUGUCCAGGAGGUUAUAAUGAAAUGAGAAGCUGCUACAAUAUCCAGUGGUGCCCUUUGAAAGGAACCUGGACCAACUGGAGUCCCUGGAGUCUCUGUGAACCGCCAUGUGGGCCGAACCCCAUGAAAUCUCGACAGAGGGACUGCAAGCCCACACUUCCCAACUACUCGUUGAUAGUGGAAGGAGAGAAUGGAAAGUUGCAAAACGUCACUUUUUGGGGGCGUCCAACACCCAUGUGUGAACCCCUGGAGAACGAGAAGCUGAAGGUGGUAGAAAAAGUACCAUGUCAAAAUCUGCUGCCUUGUGAAGGAUGAUCUUGCAGAAGCAACUGCUCUGAGCAUCAGAGCUGGAUGCUAGAGCAGACUGAGCGUGUGAAGCUGUGCUGACUCUCAUAUGCUUCCAGUAACUUUGCAGUGCCUCAUCACUUACUUCCUCUCAUUGAAAAGAUGACCCUGGAAAUCAGAGGAUAAUCAGCCUAAUACAGUGUAUUGUUUGCUUUGUUAUUUUUACACUGUGAUGAGGAUCUUAAAUAACAGAAGAGAGUUUUUAAUGUUUAUAGUGGUUUUCCCUACCCACAGUUUAUUUCUUCAUUACGAUUGUUGUUUUUGUAUGAUUGUUAAUUUUGCAAUGAAAAUAGUGUGUAGUGUAUCAA